CGCCGUGGUGGGCGAGCAGCAGCAGCUGCUCGACCUGAUGACGUUGUGUCGCGACCUGGAGGUGGACGGUCUGGACAUGGACAUGUCCACGCGCUCCACUGAGGACAUGUUCACCCGCUCUGAAGAUGGCCUGGCCAUCUGUUUGUUGGAAGACGUGAAGCAGCAAGCGCCAUCGGAAACCGCUACCUCGAGGGGGGACGGGAUGGCGACAUGCCUGACACGCACGGCUUCGGAUUUUGAAACUGCGGCUAACCUGCCUGCGAAGAACAUCACAGUGUCUCACGGUGACCGUGCAGUAGACGCUGCCGUUGGCGCUGCUGAAGAGGGUUCUUCGAGAACCAGCCCGCCGUCUGGGAGAGACGGCGAGCUGGGGCGCGGCUCGGCCGGGUUCCGGCGUCUGCUCAGCCUGCUGAGCUCGCUGGACCGCCGCGAGCUGCUCUGUCUGCAGCAGCAGGCGCAUGACAUCAUGUUCCCCGACUUCUCCAGCUGGCUGCCGGAUGAGAUUCUGAUGGACGUACUGUCGCGCCUGUCGCCGCGAGACCUGGUGCGCGCGGGCGGCGCGAGCCGCCGCUGGCAGGCGCUGGCCGGCGACGAGGGCGUCUGGCGUCGGUGCUGCCGCCUGACGGGCGCCGACCCGACCGGCGAGGGCGGCAUGACGCGCGAGGGCUGGAUGCAGUGGCUGGGCUGGACGGAGCUCCCCCUGCUGGCGCCCAAGGUGCUGAAGGGCCACGACGCUGUCAUUCGAUGUAUGGAUGUGGACGGCGACCGCAUCGUUACCGGCUCCAGCGACAAAACCGUGGCGGUGUGGUCGGCGGCCGCCGGCCGGCUGGAGACCCGCAUGUCUGGCCAGAGCGAGGUGACCUGCGUUCAGGUGCUGGGCGACCUGGUGGUGUCGGCCGGGCGCGACUGCUGCCUGCUGGUCUGGGACGCCGCCACCGGCCGACUGCGCCACCGGCUGACCGGCCAUGACGGCAUCGUGUGGAGUGUGGCUCUGCACGGCGCCAGGGCGGCGAGCUGCUCGGACGACAAGACGGCGCGCCUCUGGGACGUAGUGGCCGGCACGCAGAAGGCGGUGCUGCGCGGCCACGAGACGGUCGUCCGCGUGGUGUGCUUCGACGGCCGGCGCCUGGUCUCCGGCGACGACGCCGGCUGCGUGCGGGUCUGGAACGCCGAGACGCGCGCCGACGAGCACGUCUGGCAGGCGCGCAGCCGCUACAUCAUGGUCCUGCAGUACGGCUUCGGCGUGGUGGUGAGCGGCCACAGCGACGGCGCGGUGCACGUGUGGGACACAGGCACGGGUCGGCUGCGCCACCACCUGACGGGCCACACCGGCUGGGUGACGGGCCUGUGCCUGCGCCACGACCGGCUGCUCAGCGGCUGCCGGGACGGCACGGCCAUACUGUGGAACAUCAGCGACGGUGGCGUGGUGCACAGGCUGGGCGGCGCCAACGGCCACCGGCAGCGCCUGACCCGCGACGGCCGCGUCAAGCUGUGGAACACGCGGCGCGGCACGCUGGUGCGUGACCUCGUCACGCCAGACGUCAGCGGCGGCCCCGUCAAGCACGUGUGGGCCGACCCCGGCCGGCUGGUGUGCGCCGUGCAGAACAACACCAGCGACCGGCCGCGUGAGAUUGCCCCGUUCCUCUGA